CAAGUGAGGAAAUAACGAGAUAACGAAAAUCUUCUACGAAUCGUAUAACGGAGUAAGAAGAAGUGAGCAAAGAAAGGAAAUUAAUUUUCAGUGUACAACUAAAAUUCAUUCAAUAAAACAGGAAAAAUUGAAAGAAAACAAAACUAAAGUGCCUAAAAACCUUAAAGUGCUGAAAAUUGGAGUUUAUUUUUGGAUACUUCUAUUUUAUAAACUGAGUUUUCAAUGUGACCGAGGUAGUGGUGUAAAUAAAACUAUUAACUGGUCAGAACAGAGUUUGGUGCAAAAAAACCAAAAAAACAAAAACUCCAACAUUACGGCGACAGGCCAAACAAAUACAUUGGCAUAUGGCAACAGAAAAAGUUUUGCUAAAAACACAAAACUCAUCGUUCUUCAUCAAUUUCAUCACAUUUUUGUGGAAAGCUCUCAACGUGAGCACUAUUGGGAAACCAACAACCUUCCACACAUAUCUCGUCGCAGCAUCCUUGUUUCACUCCCCCCGGAGAUGCUUCAUUAGUUAAUUGGACAGAUUUUUUUUUGUUGUAUGCUGGGCUUUUUUGCUGUUGUUAUUGCAUGGAGAACAUGUUACAGGGGCAACAGUAGCAGCAACAACAACAACCUACAUCGAAACAACAAAGUUGCAAAUUUAGUGUGAGAAAACAAAAACAAAAGUUUUACCAAAGUGCAGAGAGGAGCAACGGAAAAAAGCAGAAAAAAAACCAGCUGAACAUAGAACAUAUUUUUAAUAUGGAAAUAUCACAGGAAAAUUGAUCGUUUUGGAAAAACACCCAUAAAAACUGUGUCAACAGCAACAACAGCAUCAUAGAAAAAGCCAGUAAGGACUUUAUGUUUUCCCAUUUGGUCCUUGCCAGUGAGUGUUUCAAAUAAAUUUCAUCAAAAACUAUAGUCGCCGCUGUUACCCCCCAACCCGAAUGUUGCAUUCAACCUCCACUAAAUGUGAGUGAGUGUGAAAUAUUAAAAUUUCACAGAACUCGGCAAAAAAAGAAAAAGAAAGAACGAAGCCAACACCACACUUUUGGCGAAAAAAAAAAAAAAAAACAAAAUAAAUAAAAAUUAAAGUGCUGCAAAUAACUGGCAGAUCAUCCUCAGCCGGCAGAACAGCAUCCUUUGGAGACCAGGACAUUAGCGAGUAAAUCAAAAUGGAUACAGUUUAUGGCACAAAAAAGUAUUUCCAGAGUUUAUCGGGCGCCAGCGAUAUCUAUCGCAGUCCUGCUUGUCGAGCAGUGUCCAAUGACUACACCUACCAAAACACACUGGGAAGGCGUUCCACUCUUGGCGCCUACUAUCACAUGAACAAUCAGCCCUCGUAUAGCAAUGACCACAGUCUGAACAAUCAGUAUGGCUACAACAAUACCUGGGGCAUAUGGAGGGAUGGUCGAAAUUUGGCUCCUUCCACUUUCUCAACGAAACCGCAUCAGCAUUAUCAGAAGACCAGAUCCUUCUCAAUAAUCCUUACGACAGCAGCUUUUAUAGUACUGCUGGCGGUGAUUUCGAUAGCAGGUCUGGCAUUUUACUUCAGCUCCAUUAAAGGCAAUAUGGAAGAUCCUGUUUUGGGUUUUGAGGGUUCCUUUCGCAUAGCCAAAGGAGACCUAUUUUCCACUGGCCUUAAAUACAAUCACACCUCAUCAUAUAAACAGAAGAUAGAUUUUUAUAAGCGUUUUAUGGAGAGAUCUUUGAUGGAUCAAGGACUGCAGCCCAUGCGUACCGAUGUUUGGGGUUUCGGUGAAGGUCCUCUGAUAAAAGUUAAUUUUAGAACAUUUUUCGAUGUGCGAAAAUUGCCACAGAAUAUACAUAAUGUUGAGGAAUACAUUAAGGAGGCCAUAUUUUUGGAGACCACCAUGGCCAAAUCAUUGUACAAAACCUUAAGAGUGGACUCGGAUUCGGUAGAGGUCAAACGUAUAUUGGACGAACAGGUGGUGAAAUCUGCCUCCUUGUUCAAGGAUGCGCAUUUGGCGCCCACCAGCCAAACUCAAUUGGAGAAAAGGCUAAUGAAGAAAGGUGGCACCGCCCCAGCUUUGAUUAACAAACCCUCAGGAGCUUCUAAGGUCCGUCCAACUUCCAAGCCCCAUUCAUCUGAUGAGGAACCCGAUGUGGAUGUUGAAAAUGCCCCAGUUAUUCAAGGAUCUUUUGAGGGAUCCUUUGAGAUAACCAAAACCGAUGCGGAUAUUGCACGCAAAAAGACCACACCAACAAGGGCUUAUGGCCAUAGCAGUAGUUUGGCUCCCAAGACGGUGACUCCCUAUGCUCUAAGAGUAAAGCCCAAGAAGCCAGGUAUUGAGAAAUUGACCACAAUUACGCCACAGUCUUCUGUGCCCAAAGUUACGAGCUCAAGCAGUACUACAACCACCACCACCACCACCACUACCAAGGCUCCAAGUACAACCAAGUUCACCACAACGACAACGAGUACCACUACAACCUCAACAACCACUAGCACAACUACGGAGAAGCCAACGGUAACAACUACUAGCUCGACCACAACCACAACCACCACAGCUGAGCCUACCACAAUGCCGACAACAAGAACCUCUACACACAUGACACCCUCAACCACUCGUCCACCCAUUACAACUGCAGGUUACCCCACAACGGCUUCAUCAACUCAAAUUAACCGCUUUAGCUACCCCCCUGUGGCGCUAACCUCUAAUGCUCCUCAGAUGUUGCCAAAAUUAGAUCAGAACUUGUUCACCUCAGUGCCAGUUUUGGAUACGCAACCCUGGAGACCCAUACAUCGGGAAGUACCGGAAUUUUUACCAGGUCCCCCGCCCUCAUUCCCCACCAAGACUUUGCCUUCUCUUUUGCACUCAACAUCUCUGCCGCCCAUAGCCAUUAACGAGGAGCCUCCUAGAAGACGCAUUGAUGAAAUGGAACUACCCUUCCUGCCCGAGGAACCCACACCACCUAAGCCAGCCUUGGAUCCCUAUACGCCGAAUUACUAUGGACCCGCCUACAAAAAGCCCGAGUUGAAUAGUGACUUAAAGGCUGCGGAGGAUUUGGUCUUUUAUCACAGCUUUGGAAAUCCAGUCUUUAUGCCAGGCUCAGAGGGUAUAGAGCGUUUGGGAACUGGAGCCUCUGUGCAGCCCCAUCCAUUGCCAGUGCCUUUGAUAGAUGAGGUGGUUAUACCACCCUUUAAGCCUCUAAUAGCCAAUGCAGGUUCACAGAGCAAAGUGCCCUUUGAGAUUGGCUCGGAAAGUGAUAAAUUUGAACAUUUGGGUGAUGGUGUCAUAGCCAAGAAACCAGAAAAUGUAACAAAUUCGGGAAAAAAAGAGACCAGCAGCACUACUGAAGCCGUCAGCUCUACCUUGCCCAUUACCAAUACCAUAAACUCAAAGGAAAAUGAGGAAUACCUGCCCACUUUGAGGCCGCAACAAGAUGAAAUUGAUUCCUCUUCAGUGACUUCAGAAUUGGCUGACAAAAUCGGAGAAUUUUUCAUGGAUUGGCUAGAUUUGCCCAAGGACGAGGUAUCCCCCAAGCCAGAACAGUCUUUGGAAUCUAGAAUAGAGCCUGACGAGGAAGCUUUUACCACAUUGGCCCCAGAGGUUAACAAGCCCAUCGCUGCCUUUAACGAGUCAUCCUCAACGACUACUACCACAACCUCAACAACCAUAGCAACACCCACAACCACAGGCACCAGCAAACCGAACUUUUUAAAUCUGAAGGAACUCAUACUCAAACGCAAUCAAUUAAAGAAAGAGAAUGAAAAGAAGACCAUCGCUCAGGAUAUGGAAGGCAACCAUACGGCCACCAAUGACCAGCACAUCAUCGUAACCACUGAAGUGCCUACCGCAAUAACAACAACUACAGCCACCACCUCCACUGCUGCUCCCCCCACCAAGGCUUUGCCCACUACCAAACGUUACAAAUUGCGUCCUGGCAAUAGCAAACCACCCACCAUAUUAGAUGACUCCAUACUUUUCCCCUCCCACUCCAAAUGGGAAUUCGUUAACAAUUCGGCAGCCAACAAUUACGGCCACACCGGAAACAUGCGCAAGGUUUUCAAUACCACACUGCAGGCAUGGGUAUCAGAGGACAUUGAGAAGACAGACAAAUCUGAAUCGGAGACUCUCGAUGACAUUAAGACGAAAAUCAACAAUGCCACAAACAUACAGGACAUCUCAUUCAUUUUCGAUACCUUGGCCUCUAAACUGGGCAUAACUCCCAGCCUGCCGGCAAAGGUGCCACCCUUCUCCCAAAACAAACUGAAGCAAACCCAUCUAUCAAAUGAAGGCAGAAUUAAGGCCUCCAGCACACCCCCAAAAACCACAAGGCCAGCCGGUGUGGCAGAGUCCACUUCCUAUAGGAAUACCGAAAUGGAAGAAAGCAGCACUGCAGCCUUGAGCAGAACUUCCGAGGAGUCUCUACCAUAUAUCGAAGAAAAGAGAAGAGAGCCCUUUAUAAAACCCAUGUCCAGCUUUAUUGAAGACAGCUCUUCGGAGGGUGUGGGUGCCGCCAUUCCAGUGGUGGGAGAGGCCGAAGUGGAAGUCAUAGAUCCCACCAAAUAUGAGGAGAUGUUGAAGUCCUCGCAAUUUGCUGACUCCACUACCACAGAGACCACACCCAAACUGGUGACAUUGAUGCCGGUCAGAUCAAAUUCGGGUAUAAGAACCUACAAGCCCCUGGUGGAGACCGGUCGCAGUUCUUCAUCAUCGCCCAGUGUGGCAGCCACCAGUUCGCCGACAUCCAAGGCACGCAAGGCCACAUCCCCCAGACCCAGUAUUACACGCAGAAAAAAUAUCAAUCAAAGUCGUAGACUUCCCCCCGCAGAAGCAGUCAUUAGAGGGGGACUAAAAGUUACUGUCAAAUAGGUAUUCGAAUAUCACUAUCUCUCCCUCGAAGUCUUUUUUCAUUAGCAUUAGUUGACUUUCCCUCUUUUGUUUUUUGUAGUUGAGAACCUUUUUUCACAAGUCCCCCAGCAAAAAAGGUUCUGUGAUUAUUUUUAUGUAUUGUAAGCCGAGAUUAGUAUUUCAAUGCCUAGCGGAGGCAAACAUUAACUUGUCCUGAUGUUGCUGACACCUCCUCAACUCAUGAAAUCAAUGUCAGAAUGACUUUGUGUUUGACUUUCUAGACAAAGAUUUUAGUUUUAAUUUGAUUUUGUCUUAAGUUUUAUACCGAAUCGAGUUGAAGAAAACAGACAAACGAGAAACACUAAAGAUUAACAUUAGAUCAUUAAGGAUACUUAGUUUAAGUCGUAGGCUUUAAAUACAAAAUCAAUUCCAUUGUCCAUUGUUAUAAAAUAAACACAACAACACAAUUAUUUUUAUUUAGAUUUACUCGAUACACCAACAAAAACAUCAACAACA